AGAGAGACAGAAACAUAAACAAUAAGCCUGUUAACAUAUAUCAGUGGAUAUAUAACUUGCUGUGCUAUACCACUCUGUUAAUGUAGCUAAACAAGACCGCCCUUGGUUUCUUGUGACCACGUCAGAUUCAAAAGUAAACGGAAGCUCUCUCUCCAUGAUUUGGGUCAAAAAUGAGAGCUGUUGUGGCCCGGCUCCUGAGUCCUGGCUGCGGUCCUUGUGCCCAUGAAAAAAGGGCCUUUACAGAGGGCCUUUUUUUAAAAAACACAGGGGGGUGGGGGGUGGGGGUGGGGCUUGAACAUACAUAAGAGGCUAAGACGGUCCGCCAGUCCAAUUUGGCACAACAUCACCAGACAAUUUGCUGUUGCUUAACCUACACGAGGAAGCUGAUUGGAUCUUUCCAUUCAUUUAGAUCCUCUUUAUCCUGUCCUGGGGCUUGUUAGAAAAUAAUCCUCUCUGAUCGGCCCUCUUUUGGAAGAGAAGUGCUGCAUUAGUGAUGAGCACAAGCAGGUUACUCAGAACUGAGGCUUUAUCCUGGAUGUUGGCUGAGGACAACGUGACUGGGGGCCAGUCCCAGGGGUUGAUCCUGCAGCCUGCCUGGGACUACCUCCACCAGAAUCACCAUGACCUCCUGAGGAGCCCUCUCUUCCCUGUGAUUCUAUCCGUCACCACCUAUUUCCUCCUGGUUGGUAUUUACACUGUGCUGGACCUGCUGGCUCCCUGCUGGCCCUGCAUUAACCGCUACCGGCUCCACCCUGACAGACCCGUCACGUGGCCUAACAUCUGGACUACCUUGAGUGUCACCAUCUACAACCAUCUGCUCUACAUCUUUCCUGCUGCAGUUGCCCAGUGGCUGUGGAGGCCGCCGACCCCGUUACCCUGUGAGGCACCCACUUUCUGGAGCUUCUGCCUGGGCAUCCUGGGCUGCAUGGUGGUCUUUGACUUCCAGUAUUACCUUUGGCACCUGCUGCACCACCGGGUACCCUGGUUGUACCGCACGUUCCAUGCCGUACACCAUCAGUACAACCAGCCUUUCAGCCUCGUCACCCAGUACCUGUCUGGCUGGGAGUUAUUCAGUGUGGGAUUUUGGGCUACAAUAGACCCCAUCCUUCUCCAGUGCCACUGCCUCACAGCAUGGGGUUUCAUGGUCUUCAAUGUCUACGUUUCCACUGAGGACCACUCUGGCUAUGACUUCCCGUGGUCCACGCAUAACCUGGUGCCCUUUGGCCUCUGGGGUGGUGCACCCAAGCAUGAUGCUCAUCACCAGCGGCCCAAUACUCACUUUGCCCCGUUCUUCUCUCACUGGGACUGGCUGGGAGGCACCCACACUGGGCUAACUCCCGCCAGCCAGGCUGCAGCUGGGGAGCAAGACGAGGUGAAAGGUGGAAAAGACUGAAGAGUUUUAUCUCUUGUUGACUCGGUCUCUUUUACUCAAACUGCCUCCUAUGUACGUGCUCUCAUUCCAACAUUGCCUUUUUUCCUACAGACCCGUUUCUCUCCUUCCUGUAUGCCUGCCCUUCCUGUCUUUUUGAUAUUAUUAUAUUGACUAAUUUGAUAUCUCCCUCUGCUCUCUAACAGAACAUGGAUAAUCUUCACAGUUUAGAAGUUUUGAUUUCUGUCUAACAUUUCUUCACUGUCUGGUAAGCUGUUGAGAAGAAUGAUCUUUUAUAUCAAUUUCUUGUAUAUUUUCUCUUGUUCAUAGUGAUUAUGUUAGUGUAUUGAUGUAUUGUUAUGUUGUCUCCAUGACAUUCUCAGGUCAGUUUCCACACAUGUGUAGCCUUGAAAAAUAAAAACAAAAAAUAAAACCACAUACUUGACAGUUGUUUCUUUAUAAGUCACUAGAUAGAUAUUACUGAGUAUUUGCUGAUGGUAGAUGGUGCAAUCUGUCAGAGUGAUUACACACACAUUAGCACGUACAUUCUCCCUCUCCCUCCUCAGCACUGACCCUCUCACUCACAUGCAUGAAUAGCAGCCUUUUAGCUGCAUCCCAGUAUGAUGCGUGGGCGCAAUACUAAUCUAUCAUCCUCUCUUUGAGACAAAAUGCUCUUACUGGAAGAGUUCUUCAUUAAACGAAAGACAAUAUAUUAUUAGAAAGUCUUCAAUUGGGAAAAGAAUAUAAGAAUUGAGUUCACAACACAAGUAGUUGUUCUUUGAAACGUCUUGCUAUGUUGAUUGUUCAUCAAUCUCUAUUCAAUAAAUCAAUCAAUUUUCCAUUGAUUAGAUUUUUUUAGAGCAUAAAGUCAUGUGGCUUUUUUGAGUCAACAUAUCCUCAAAUAAUGUGGACAAUUCUAAAGAUGUACUGACCACUAUUAUAUAUAUAUUUUCAAAAAAACGUUUACUUAUAUGAGGUAUUGCUUGCAUUUCAACAAACCAGCAGAGGUCACUUUUUCCCCCAAACAAAUCAGAGAGGCAAGACUACAACAGUUUCUACAGACUUAUUUUGACAGUUUAACAAAACAAAAAAGCACAUGUUGCCCUUUGUGCAGAAGCAUAUCUAAUGAUAUCACAGAGGAAAUGCGGUGUGUCAUAACAUAACAACAAGCUAUACGUAGGAACUCGUCCCAGACUCCUGUUUGUUGUCAGUCACUUGGUAACGAUUCAGGCAGUAGAACUGGUUUGGCGUGUUGCUGGAUUACAAAAGCAAACAGGUCGCGUAUAUUUUAGAAACCUUGCAUUCAAUCUUGACAACUCAAGAAUAUGUCUGUUUGUCUUUUCUAUACUUAUUCUAGUACUUAGAUCUUCAGUAUGAAUUUUUCCCAUGUCUAUUUAUGGCAUGGAUGGAAAAGGGUGGUGACGGAGCAGUGAAUAAGACACAUUCCUUUGGUGUGAGAGACCUGGAUUCAAUUCUUCACUGUGACACAUCCACCAAUGUGUCCCUGAGCAAGACACCUAACCCCUAGUUGCUCCAGAGGUGUACGACCUCUGACAUACUUAGCAAUUGUAAGUCACUUUGGAUAAAAGCGUCAGCUAAAUAAAUGUAAUGUGUGUGCAUUCCCACCAUAAAUUAAUAAAAUUUACUUAAGGAGUUCAAGUUAAGCUAUUUCCUGUAAAAGACUAGACUGGAUCUGGCGAGGUUUGAACAAUUGGGAUUUGUUAUGCAAUCUACCACCACCUUAUGGACAACAACUACUCAGUUGUCAAGACAACCUUUUACACUGACUGUUGUCAUGAAUCUGGUCCUACCAGUACUAACCCUCAUUACAUUAUUUAUUAUUUCUUCAUAUUCUUACACUAAGCCAAUGGUUCCCAACCUUUUUUGUCUGACGUGUCCCCACAGCCCUAUCAGAUGUUCUUAAGUAGGGGGUGGUAAUGGAGCAGGAGAUAAGACACAACACGCCUUUGAUGUGGGAGACCUCGUUGCUUCAGAGGUGUGCAACCUCUGACAUAUAUAGCGAUAGUAGGUCGCUUUGGAUAAAAACGUCAGCUAAAUGUAUAUAAUGUAAAGGUACCCCUUUGAUAGUGAGGGAUGGCUUUAUGGUGUUGUUUAGCAGGUUUGGCCAAGUUUGUAUUUGUAUACUGC